AUGAACAGGGCCCCUCUGAAGCGCUCCAGGAUCCUGCACAUGGCCCUGAUGGGGACUUCCGACCUCUCCGGUGAGGCAGAGGCCAGCCAGGGGAAGCCCUUCCUGCUCCGGGCCCUACAGAUCGCCCUGGUGGUCUUCCUCUACUGGGUCAUCUCCAUCUCCAUGGUGUUUCUCAACAAGUACCUACUGGACAGCCCCUCCCUGCAGCUGGACACCCCCAUCUUCGUCACCUUCUACCAGUGCCUGGUGACCACCCUGCUGUGCAAGGGCCUCAGCACCCUGUCCGCCUGCUGCCCCGGGGCCAUGGAGUUCCCGGCCCUGCGCCUGGACCUCAGGGUGGCCCGCAGCGUCCUGCCCCUGUCCGUGGUCUUCAUCUGCAUGAUCACCUUCAACAACCUCUGCCUGAAGUACGUGGGGGUGGCCUUCUACAACGUGGGCCGCUCCCUCACCACUGUCUUCAACGUGCUGCUCUCCUACCUCCUGCUCAAGCAGACCACGUCCUUCUACGCCCUGCUCACCUGCGGCAUCAUCAUCGGUGGCUUCUGGCUUGGUGUGGACCAGGAGGGGGCAGAGGGCACCCUGUCUUGGACGGGCACCCUCUUUGGCGUGCUAGCCAGCCUGUGUGUCUCGCUCAACGCCAUCUACACCAAGAAGGUGCUCCCGGCGGUGGAUGACAGCAUCUGGCGCCUGACCUUCUACAACAACAUCAACGCCUGCGUGCUGUUCCUGCCGCUGCUCCUGCUGCUGGGGGAGCUCCAGGCCCUCCUCCACUUCGCCCAGUUGGGCAGCGCCCAUUUCUGGGGCAUGAUGACGCUGGGAGGCCUGUUCGGCUUUGCCAUUGGCUACGUGACGGGACUGCAGAUCAAGUUCACCAGCCCCCUGACCCACAACGUGUCGGGCACGGCCAAGGCCUGUGCCCAGACGGUGCUGGCCGUCCUCUACUACGAGGAUACCAAGAGCUUCCUCUGGUGGACGAGCAACAUGAUGGUGCUGGGGGGCUCGUCCGCCUACACCUGGGUCAGGGGCUGGGAGAUGAAGAAGGUGCAGGAGGAGCCCAGCCCCAAGGUCGAGGAGAAGAACAGCCUGGGGGUGUGA